AUGUGGUCCUCCGUCCUGACCCUGGCUGCCGCCGUCCUUCCCUUUGUCCAAGCCCAUGGAGCCGUGACUUCUUACCAAAUUGGGGGUGUCACCUACCCGGGCUACGAAGGCUUCUCUCCCGCGUCUUCCCCCAAGACCAUCCAGUGGCAAUGGCCAAACUACGAUCCCAUCUUGAACCCGACCGAUUCCAAGAUGCGGUGCAAUGGUGGCCGCGGUGCCGACCUCGUCGCCCCCGUCGCCGCCGGCACCAACAUCACCGCCUUCUGGAAACAGUGGACGCACGCUCAAGGCCCCGUGAUGGUAUGGGCUUUCAAGUGCAGCGGAGCACACUCGCAAUGCACCGGCGACGGCAAGGGAUGGUUCAAGAUCGACCAGAUGGGGAUGUGGGGGAACAACCCGAACUCGGAGAACUGGGGCACCGCCACUGUCCUCAAGACUGGCAAGUGGAGCAGCAAGAUCCCCAGCAACUUGAAGCCUGGAAACUACCUCAUUCGACACGAGCUGUUGGCCUUGCAUCAGGCCAACACUCCGCAGUUCUAUCCCGAGUGUGCCAACAUCGAGGUCACAGGCUCCGGAACCGACCUGCCACCCGACAGCUACAUGUACAGCAUCCCUACCUACGCUCCCAUGUCGGACCCUGGCGUGAGGGUCGACAUCUACCAAGGUGGUCUGACUUCAUACUCUCCCCCUGGUGGCGCUGUCUGGUCGGGUUUCAAAUAG